AUGGCCAGAGAAAUUACUGACAUCAAGGAAUUCUUGGAAUUGGCUAGAAGAGCCGACGUGAAAACUGCCACCGUCAAGAUCAACAAGAAGUUGAACAAGUCCGGUAAGGCUUUCAGACAAACCAAGUUCAAGGUCAGAGGGUCCAGAUACCUGUAUACUUUGAUCGUCAACGACGCUGGUAAGGCCAAGAAGUUGAUCCAGUCUUUGCCUCCUACUUUGAAGGUGAACAAGUUGUAA